CCUGUUGCAGGUACCCCUCUAUUUAGGGUUCAAUCUAAGCUCAAACAGGUGCGCCACGAAUUGCUUGAUUGGGCUAAGGCAGGUACCUCGAACUCUGCCCGACGGAUCCGCGAGACCCGUGAAGCACUUGAUUAAGCCAGGGAUGCAGGUGGUGUUAAUUGGACUCUGAUUGGAAGUUUGGAAGCUCAGCUUACAGAGGCAUACCGUCAAGAGGAACUAUAUUGGCAACAAAAGUCCCGAGUUGGUUGGCUGCAUGGAGGGGAUGCUAAUACCCGUUUUUUCCACUUAGCUACCAUGCAACGUCGACGUUCGAAUAUCAUCGCACGUCUCCGGGAUGAGCACGGAAUGGUACACUCUGACGAGCAACAGAAAGGGGAAGUCUUUGUCUCCUACUUCCUGAAUAUUUUCUCCUCUAAUGGCCGUGAUUCUUUGGAGUUUGUUCGUAACUUGAAUAUCCCGACUCUGAUAUCUUCGGACAUGAAUGUUGUGCUCACUGCGCAGAUUACUAGAGCAGAAAUCAAGCAGGCCUUCUUCAACAUUGGGAAAUAUCAAGCCCCUGGAUCAGAUGGAUUCACCGGUAGCUUCUUUCAGCGAUUUUGGGACCAAAUUGGAGCGGAUGUGUCAGAGGCCAUCCUUUCUUUCUUUUCUACAGGACGCCUCUUACAUAGUAUCAACCACACGUGGCUGGUACUUAUACCGAAAGUUGCAAAUGCCGACUCUAUGCAACAGUUGCGUCCGAUUGGUCUCUGCCAGGUUAUGUAUAAAGCUAUCUCCAAGAUCCUCUCGAAUAGACUUAGUACCAUCCUUCCUCAUAUUAUUAGCCCUUUUCAGAAUGGCUUUAUCAAGGGUCGUUGCAUUUCUGAUAAUAUUCUUAUUGGUCAAGAAGUGAUGCAGUUUCUUAAAACCAAGGUGUUUGGGCAGGACAAGUGGAUGGCCCUUAAACUAGAUAUGGAGAAAGCAUAUGAUCGGGUGGAAUGGGGGUUCCUGUUUCAUAUCAUGGAGUCAAUGGGGUUCUGUACCCAGUGGAUGAAAUGGGUUAAGGCUUGUGUAACGACUGUCCGCUUCUCGAUGCUCCUUAAUGGUAAUGAGUAUGGCUACUUCCAGCCUCAACGGGGCAUCCGUCAAGGGGACCCUUUGUCUCCUCUUCUCUUUGCCAUUUAUACGGAGGCCUUUGCGGCUAUGAUUAGCCAAGCUGUUGCUACCUCUACGCUUCACGAUUUAAAAGUGCACAGGUCUGCUCCCCCCCUUUCUCAUCUUUUUUAUGCAGACGACUCUUAUCUGUUCCUACGUGCUUCUGUGCCUGAAUGUGCUAACCUCCUUCAUCUUUUAGCGGAAUAUGAAAGGUAUAGUGGUCAGCGGGUUAAUCUUCAUAAAUCUGCUAUGUGUGGGAGUGCGAAUGUUUCAGAACAGGAGUUACUUUCACUCAGUUCGUUCCUAGGAGUUGCGACCAUGUCUCCUGAUGACAAGUACUUGGGCCUCCUGUCCCAGCUCCGUCGGUCUAAAUCAUUGAACUUUCAAUUUAUUGAAGAGGAUCUGGCUGCACGGAUCCGGAGUGGGAAGACCAAGGCGUUGUCUCUAGCGGCAAAGGAAGUGGUUAUCAAGUCGAUUGGGGCUGCGGGGCCUAUCUAUGCUAUGUCGGCGUUCAGACUUCCCCAAGAAACAUGUAGACGCUGUAACAGUCUGCUAUCGAAGUUUUGGUGGGCAAAUCAGGAUAAGGAGAGGGGCAUUCAUUGGAUCUCUUGGUCGGCGAUCUGUCAGAGUAAGUUUGUAGGAGGCCUCGGUUUUAGAGAUUUUAAUCUUUUUAAUGUUGCUUUGUUAGCUAAGCAGGCUUGGCGCAUUCUUGACAACCCCACUAGCACUCUGGCUCGGAUUUAUCAAGCAAGGUAUCAUCCCCACCGGAGCUUCUUGGAGGCGACAGCAGGCCCCCAUCCUUCGUGGGCGUGGCAAGGCAUCCUGACAGGGAGAGAUCUUCUACGUCGGGGUUUAAGGUGGCAAGUGGGAAGCGGGAAUCAGAUUCAUACUUUAACGGAUAAUUGGCUUCCCUCUUCUCCUCCUUCACCUCCUGUGUUAAAGCCAGGUUUGAAUGAUUGCCCUCCUUUAGUCUCAGAUCUCAUUUGCCAUACUUCUCACUCGUGGAGGAAGGAUCUCUUACUCUCUCUGUUCACUCUGGAGAGUGUUGAUCUCAUUUUGUCUAUUCCUCUCCCUACUUCGGUGUCGACUGAUCGUUUGAUAUGGCAUUAUUCUUCCUCUGGUCUUUACACUGUUAAGACAGGAUAUCAUCUUUUGGCAUCUGAGUACGAUCUUCAUCAUCCUCCCACGGUCCUCCCGUUUGACACUCGUUUUUGGAAAUUUCUUUGGAGUAUUCCUGUCCCUCCUAAGCUAAAGUUCUUUUUUUGGAGAGCUGUCCGUGGCUUCUUGCCCCUGCAGAUAGUUUUGUUUACUAAAACUCUUGUGUCUGACACGAUUUGUCCUAUAUGCUCUAGGGAACCAGAAUCCUUUUCCCAUUUUUUCUUCUCUUGCAGGGUCGCUCAAGGACCGUGGAGGCUGGCGGACCUUGAAGGUGUACGCAUUACUCUUGGAGGAAUGAGCCCUGAUGAGGCCUGGUGUCAUCUAUUCUUUUCAAUGAACCUUUCGAAAAUCGAGAUAGCUAAUAUUGUUUUCAUUCUCUGGCGGCUUUGGAAGGGGAGGUGUUGGUCGGUCCACGAGGGCAUCCAAUAUCUCCCCUCAGCUCUGUUUCGGCAGUUUCAACGCCAGGUGGGUGAAUGGAGGACGUUAGGGCCCAAUUCCUCGAUUCAACCUCUCGGUGGCACUGUUUCUGCGGCUCCAGGCCCUUCUCGCACUCCCGGUAACGCACCUACGACUCCAAGUUCCCCAUCUUUAAUCAAUGUAUGGUUUGAUGGUGCUACCAAGGGUGGACAUGGAGGCAGUAUUGGCUUUGUCGGCUAUCAUACGGCAGGUAAUGUUCUGUUUGCUUUUGGGAAAUUUUAUGAGGGUAUUCAGGACCCUUUUCUCAUGGAAUGUUUAGCCCUACGGGAUGCUAUACACUGGUGUUUAACUCAUUCCUUUCUUUCUGUUUGCUUUCAUGGGGAUUCUCAACUCUUGAUCCGCCGGAUGAUUGGAGGUGAUAUGCAUCAUGUUCGGGGUGGCGCUAUUUUGGAAGACGUUAGGAGCUUGGCAUCUUCCUUCCUCGAUGUUUCUUUCGUUUUUGUUUCUCGACAACUUAAUAGGGCUGCCCAUCAUGUGGCACAACAGGCCCUUCCAUUGGGAGUUCGACUAUUUGUCGACUCCCGCGCUUUACUUUCUUCUGGCUUAUGACUAUGGAUUUAUUAUCUGACUUUGCCAAAAAAAAAAAUAUAUUAAUAUCAAUAAUGGUCACUGAGUUUAGUAAAACAUGUCAUGUUUGUUCAUUCUCCGUCCAACUCCGUUAAUGGAGCCAGUUAAGUGCUUAUGUGGCAAACAGAAUUGCCUAAUCCGCAUUUAAGCCGAAAAAUACUAAACCCGACCCACCACAUUAUUAAAACCCUAACUCAACCCAAAAAGAUCAUAUGAUCUUGACCCUUCUCCGCCUCUCUCAUCCUUCUCAUUCGCCUACGCCACCUUCUACUUCUCCUUCUCUUGCUCCAUCUAAAAAUCCCGAAGUUGAAACCCAAGCAAUCAAUUGAAGAACCCAAAACUCGAUUUGCCUCCUCUAAUUUGCCUCCUCUAAUGUCGUCCCCGUGGCAACCAUUUGUCGCAUCUGCUUCAUAGAGCCACAAAUCUCCUCCACGACAUCGCCAAAGUUGGAGAGCAGUCGUGGAGGCGGAGGCAGCGUGGCGGUCGGAGUCGUAGUCAGCGGGACUAAAAGAGGGGUUUUGGU